CCCCCUAAGUGUUGAGGGAUAAAUGUUUUAAUAUUAGUGAUGCAAUUAGGCCAAGCUUGAAUUAAGUAAUUGUCAUGUAACCAUGACAACAAUAGGGUCAUUGUGACAUCACAGGCAUCUAACCACAAAACAACAGGUGUUUUGUGUGAUUGUUAUGACAUCAUAUUUACAUGACGAAGCAGGAAGGAAUAGGUGCUUAUCUUUUUAAGUGCUUAUUUCUUUCUUAUACUUCAAGAUUUUUUAAACUUCAAUUUUAUGAGGUAGGAGAUCUUAACUCCAGACAUAAGAAACGUUACUGUUCUCUAACAUUCUCACUUUAUGUUAGUGUCCAUGUUAGCAUACGAAAAGCUGCAAAUGUAUUUUACAAACAAUCUUAUUUUUCUAUCUCUUUCUAUUGCAGAACUCAAGAAUGAAUCUUAGAAACUAUUUGAUGUGGAUUAUUAUAUUUGGACUGAUUAUGAUUUGCAAAACUACAUCAGAAGAUACACAAGAAUAUGAAGCAGAUGAUAUAAACGCAUAUUUAGAUGAAGACGCAAAUGUAGAUGAUGAAGACGCAUACAUAGAUUAUCCUGAAUCAGAAAAAACUGUGGAGACAUUUACAAUUCAGCCUACAAUUCAGUGGACAAGUGCUAGGAAUGAAACUGAGAAUGAUAAGCAAUAUGAUAUUCCAGUAAUUGUUACAGGGUGUAUUCUGGUAAUUCCUGUGCUUGGAGCUAUUGCAUGGUUAGUGUAUGCAAAAAUUAUAAAGAAGAAGAAACCAGUUAAUGAUGUUGAAAACCCUCCAGAGACAGCACAGCCAGAGAAAGAUUCUCCAAUACUUGAAAGCUCUGAUAGUUUUUUCAGGCAUUUGUAUAAAAAAAUUAAGGCGAAGAUAACAAAGAAGAAACCAGUUACUGACGUGGAGAACCCGCCGGAAAUAGCUCCAUCCAAGCAAAAAUUAAUAGAAGCUAAAAGGCCUGUGCUUAAAAAACCUAAGGAAAAGAAAAAGAAGAAAACAGUCGCUGGCGGGGAGAAGCCACUAAUGACCAUUCAGCCUCAGCAAAUAACAGCCACAGAUGAAAGCCCUGUUAGGUCUGUGCGUAAAAAAAUAAAGAUGAAAAAGAAGAAACCAGUUAAUAAAGCAGAGAGCCUACCAGCAGCAGUAGCAGCAGCUGAAAGCCCUGAUAGGGGAAAGCUUACUGAAAUUACAGAAAACAGUGAAGCGCCUAUAGACAUAAGCCUUCCAGAACCUGGAAGUGACACAUUCGAUGUGUUCAGCUAUAUGGAGUCUAUAUUGACAUCACAUAAAACGCCUAAGAAUCAGAAACGUAAAAAGGUACAACGUUAUGCAAUGUUUGAAGAGAUUAUGAAUGAUGAUGAUGAUGAUGCAGAAGGAUUGACACAACAGUUGUUGGCGCUUCAAAACAAAUUACCAACACUCAAAGUUUUGGUGCGGUAUGAACCGAUAGAAGAUAAUGAGGAGAAAGAUGCUACAUCAAUGCAGUCUGAGAUGGAAACUUCUACUAUCCAACUGCAGACUUCAGAACCCAGGGAACCAGAGAGUGAUGUACAAAUUGUACGGAUUGAACCACCUAAUGAGGAUGGUGAACUCACUUUGCAAAUAGUGAAGGAAAGCAUUCCCGUCCCACAACAGCCUUCAGAACCUGAGACUGAAGAUGUUGUCAAGAAAAGUGAAUCUGCAUUGAAAGAGGACCUAUUUUUCUAUUUCUUAUUGUCGUAUGCUAAUAUGCUACAGAAAUAUUCCUCAGCACUAGCAGCAUAUGUUAAGCAACCUUCAAAACCUGAAUGAACUCAAGAAUGAAUCUUAGAAACUAUUUGAUGUGGAUUAUUAUAUUUGGACUGAUUAUGAUUUGCAAAACUACAUCAGAAGAUACACAAGAAUAUGAAGCAGAUGAUAUAAACGCAUAUUUAGAUGAAGACGCAAAUGUAGAUGAUGAAGACGCAUACAUAUAUUAUCCUGAAUCAGAAAAAACUGUGGAAACAUUUACAAUCCAGCCUACAAUUCAGUGGACAAGUGCUAGGAAUGAAACUGAGAAUGAUAAGCAAUAUGAUAUUCCAGUAAUUGUUACAGGGUGUAUUCUGGUAAUUCCUGUGCUUGGAGCUAUUGCAUGGUUAGUGUAUGCAAAAAUUAUAAAGAAGAAGAAACCAGUUAAUGAUGUUGAAAACCCUCCAGAGACAGCACAGCCAGAGAAAGAUUCUCCAAUACUUGAAAGCUCUGAUAGUUUUUUCAGGCAUUUGUAUAAAAAAAUUAAGGCGAAGAUAACAAAGAAGAAACCAGUUACUGACGUGGAGAACCCGCCGGAAAUAGCUCCAUCCAAGCAAAAAUUAAUAGAAGCU